AUGUCCCAGGAAUCAGAGGAGAAUCCUGUUCCUCUAACCGAAAUGGCUGAGGAUAAAGCUGUUACUCCUCCGAUUACUGAUAAUAUAUCUAUUGAUUCCAAAGAGGGCAAGGAAAUUCUCCCGAAACCGGAGGAGAAAGCCCAUGAAGCCAUGGAAUCCUCCAGCGAGGAGCCAACCACUUCCACCCCCACCACCUCGGUGAUCAUGGUGGAGCAGCCCAACACCAUUAUCGAACUGGUGGACCUCUAUGUGCCUCCGGUGCCGCUAAUGCCCUUCAUGAACAACGAGGCGGGACGUCCCUUCUUUCCGCCCUUCGGCAGGGGCAACCCGCCCACCCUGCUGUACACCGAACCCACCUCGCCGCCCCAGGAAAAGAAGCCGGCGAGGAGUGGGCGUGGUCGUGGCAGGCGUGGUCGCAGGGGCGGUGGCGCCUCCUCGACCUCUGGAGCCGCCCCCAAAACCACCCGUGGCGUGAAGCGUCGUCGCCGGGCGGAGUCGCCACCGCCGCUGCCGCCGGUGCCGAACUUCCUGGAGAACUGCAUCAAUCCGCUGGAGAAUGAGAUCUACCCCAAGGUCAUAGUGCAGCCGGCCCAGCAGCCGUGGGUGCUGCCCAAGAACCUGGGAGAACCGGAGCCACCACCACCACCACCACCGCCAGCGAAGCCCAAAGUGGAGCAGCCUUCAAUACCCGUCAGCGGUGCGGUGGUCACUCCCACCAGCCCAACGAAGCCGGUGGUUAGCCAAUCCCUGCUGCGCCAGAAGCUCCAGCUCUUUGGGCCCGAGGUGCAGCUCUUCCAGCUGCAAGGUCACGACCCCAUGCGCUACAAGGCCGUCUUAAAGGAGGCGAAUGGCCAGCAGCGUCACUUGAUCUUCACCGCCGAGCAGCUGUUGUCCUUCAGCCGGCUGAGCACGGGAAUCUUCAAGCAUUUGCCACCGGUGAAUGUGCCGCUGCAGCUGCAGAUGCCCCUGCCGCAACCCUCGGCCGCCACCGUUUCCCACUACUUUCCCGGUCCCGGAGGUCAACUGCUGGCGAAUCAGUAUUUGUCCGGCGCCCAAGGGACAACGACCCUUAAGCCGCCGGAGGCUCCCACCUUCAAGCCUCCGAUUGCCCGGCCUCCGCAGGCCGUGAGCUCAGCUCCCAGGAUGGCCUAUCCCACCUAUGUGCAUCCCGGGAUUCCAAGUGCUCCAGUUGCUUCUCCAGUUGCUACUCCAGUGGCUACUCCAGUUGCUACUCCAGCUCCUCCACCAGUGGUUCCAUCGCCACCAGUUGCUCCACCUGAAGUCACUCCUCCUCCUCCAGUGUCCAUCAAACCACCCGAACCACCCACCCUGAUCCCCGCCAACUUUGCUGUGCCCUCGAUCCUCAGGCACAAGGCGCAGCUGAGGCUGCGAAUCCAGAGGGAGAAGGUCCGAAAGGCGGCCGAGUUGGCCAAGUUAAACGAGGAAAAUGAUAAGAAGUCAAACCAGGGAUAA